AUAGGAAAGUCAUUAUCAACUAAAUAUUGGAAGCAAAAUGACUUUCUGGUUUUGGAAUCUGUGUAGUUUGAAUAUAAGCUUUCCUGAGAGGUAGAUAGUGGAUAGGAUUAUGUGCCGGGCUUGAUCAUUCAAAAUGCCGAAUACUUCGUCUCAUCAAUCUUCCCAUCUACCAAAUAUUAUAUGUAUCGAAAGUCUUAUUCAAUAUUUGGACGAUGGUGGAGAUGUGAAUCAGACAGAUGAAAUGGGAAACACCCUACUCCACGUGACUAUAUUCCACAACAAAGCAGAGAAGAAGAAGAAUGAAGAAAUUAUAGAAGUAUUGUUAGGAAGGGGGGCAAAUCCGAAUUUAGAGAACAAAUUUGGCGAAACACCAUUGUAUGUGGCGAUAUGGCACUCUAAUAAUAGUGCAGUAGCGAAUCUCCUCAAAGCUGGAGCUGAACUUGUCUUUCAGAGAGAAAACGCCCUACACCUAGCAGCAGAAGUGGGAUACGUUCCAAAUGUUGAAUUACUCUUGGCUAGUUCACAAUUUCAAAGCAACACGAGCCUCGUGAAUACCUUGGAUUACGACGGAUAUAGCCCUGCAUAUAGAGCUGCCUUAACGGGUCAUAAAUUUUCCCUGAAACUUUUGGCUUUGGCCGGUGCGGAUCUUUCCUUCAAAAUUAAGGAUCGCACCAUAAUGGAAGUAAUCUUCGAUGAAAUCACCAGACCUGAGGACUGGUUCGUGGACCUUCUAGAUGAGGGUAUAACAUGUGAAGUCGAUGCUCAAACACAUUCCUAUGUGGUUGAUCUGAAGGUUCUGGCACCAAAUACAAAUGAAAGACAACUAGAAGUUCUAGUAGACCUCAUUGGUGCUGCAAACUUACAAGAAGAAAACGUAGUACUUCAACAUCCCUUGAUAGAAUUUUUACUCAUAUUGAAAUGGGCCAAACUAUGCUAUUUUUACUAUUACGUCCUUUGCACUUAUACGAUUUUCGCCUUAUCUUUAUCACUUUAUGGUUCAUCGCUUAACAAGAUGAUUGGAGGAUGCGAUGAAUGUGAUGAAGCUAGUUUUCAUUUUGGUAUUACGAUGUACAGAGGAAUGGCUAUCGUUUCAGGAUUCUUGAUUUUUUGUCAUGUCGCUCUACAGUCUUUAUUGAACCCAAAGAAAUUUCUCAAGUUCGACAAUUUACUCACUGCGAUAUCACUGAUUGCCGCUAUAGUUGUUGCAGUGGUUGGAGAAAACUUUGGUCAUUUGAGAGAGUCAGACGCACCAGAUUGGGUUCUUCAAGUAAUUAGUGUUCUCCUUCUAUUUCUAUGGAUGGAGUUGAUGAGUCUACUAGGAAGAUUACCAGUGUUAGGCUACUAUGCCAUCAUGUUCACCACUGUAUUGAAAAAUGUGCUGAAAGUACUGUCAAUCUUCAUCUGUCUACUUCUUGGGUUCGCUUUGAGCUUCAGCAUCCAGUUCCAUAAUUCUCCUGAAUUUUCCAAUCCUUGGAAAGCACUGGUGAAAACAACCGUGAUGAUGGCGGGUGAAUUCGAAUAUUCCGACCUGUAUUCUAACACUGAUUCGGACAACAUUUACGCCCUUAUACUCUCUAGGUUUCUCUUUCUGAUGUUCAUAGUACUCAACAGUAUCGUCCUCAUGAACUUGAUGAUAGCUUUAGCUGCCAGUGACAUACAAACUCUACAAGUGCAAAGUCAUGCAAGGAAGAUGAAAAAGCAAGCCUAUUUCUUGUACCAUAUGGAAAAAUUACUGCUCUGCAAACAACUUACUGCCAGUUAUGUUCCAAGCUUAAUUGCUAGAUUCCUACGAUCCAGAAGACGUGUCAAAACGAGAUAUGAGUUCACUAAAUCUAUGAGACACUCAAGAUAUCUUCCAACUACACUUAUAGAGCAUAUCAAGAGGAUUGGCAAGGAGCACAAAAAGGUACUUUCCUGAAACUCAAACCAAAUUCAUAAUAGAUAUAAGUACAUGCUCUAAAUAUUUUGUGCAAUAAAAUGUUCGACUAUUAGGCUUA